UUGGGACAGCGGUGGCUUUACCUCUCCAAAAUCAGCGCUUCAGAGGGGCCGUUAUCAGGGCUUAAGAAUAUAAUUAACCUUUUCAUCGACUUAAAACCCAUCUCGGCUUCGCCUCUCGGUGCCCUGUGGAUCCACAGCGCAAACUGUGCGUUGAGUUACCGUCCUGAAGAGUCUGAGGUCAUCACCUCUGGCUCUUGGCAGCCCCAGAUGGUUCCGUUCCGAGGAAGCCACUGGCAGACUUCGCUGCUGGCGUUCAGGGCAUCUCUCCCCAUGAGAGCACAACCAAAGAAGAAGAAGAAAGUGGAUUUAAAGAGAGAGCAAGCACAGAAGGAUCGUAUGAAAAAGAAGAUUAAAAAGUUGGAAAAAGCUGCCUCAGAAAUGAUUCCAAUUGAGGAUUUUAUAACACCACUUAAGUACUCGGAUAGCAACAGGGUGCGAAGUCUUCCCCCUCUGUCAUUUGAGGAGACUGAAAGAAGAGUUUUACUUAUGAAGAAAUGGGGUUUGUUUAAGCAGAAACAAGAUCAGGCAGAAAAGAAAGCAAUUCAGACCCUUGUAGAAGCUCAGCAAGAGGCACUAAAGGAACUGCGCCUCGAAUCCGAGGAGUUGUAUCAGGCAGCGAUCAGGCGAGAUGAGGGGCUUUUCCCCUUUGAGAGAGAUGGACCUAAUUACACGCCACCACUUCCUGGUUACGAUCCUCCCGAAGGCAAAUGUAUUGAUAUCACCAAAGUAUAUACACAGUGA